GACGCCACCAUUGCUAACAGAGAACAUUUAAGCGACUACCUCGAGGAAGUAAUGGCUGCGAGAAAUGAGCGAGAACGACUUCUUACCGAGGCCUUGAACAACUUGGCGCAAGUUAUGGCCAAUCAGGGAGGCGGUGGAGGAGCAACUAUGUACCAUGGGUUAGAUCGCUUUCAGAGGAACAACCCACCUACUUUCAAAGGGGGUUAUGAUCCUGAGGGUGCUGAGGCUUGGCUAAGGGAGAUUGAGAAUAUCUUCCGGGUGAUGGAGUGUCAGGACCAUCAGAAGGUGUUGUUUGCUACUCACAUGCUAGCAGAUGAGGCGGAGUACUGGUGGGAGAACACUCGCCCACGUUUAGAGGGAGCAGGUGGUGUUGUUGUCCAAUGGGAGACUUUCAGACAAACUUUUCUGGAGAAGUAUUUUCCAGAAGAUGUGAAGAAUAGGAAGGAGAUGGAGUUUCUCGAGCUGAAACAGGAAAGUAUGACGGUAGCAGAGUAUGCGGCGAGGUUUGAGAACCUUGUAAGGUAUUUUCCUCAUUAUCAGGGGGAAGCUGGGGAGAGGUCCAAAUGCGUGAAAUUUGUCAAUGGCCUUCGACCAGAAGUAAAAAUGAUGGUAAAUUAUCACGGUAUUCAUAACUUUGCACAGUUGACCAACAUGUGUAGAAUCUUUGAUGAAGAUCAGCGGGAGAAGACUGCUUUUUACAGGAAUGCCAAUGCUAGUCAUGGGAAAGAUAAGAAGCCUGUGACUCACAAUCGUGCUAAGCCAUAUUCUGCCCCUCCCGGGAAAUAUGGAAACCAUUCUGGAGGACAGAGGACUAGUGGAGGACUUCAACCAGUUGGUGGGAGUUCUCAGCCAAUUAACAGGGUGUCUCAGUCUGCGGGUAGAAGUAGUGGUGGUAGUGGUGCUCCUGCUAUCUUGAUUGACAAGAAGCAAGAACCAUGA